AUGGCAACAGCAACAUACCCACCGCCUCCGCCGUAUUACAAACUCUACAAGGAUUAUAUACAGAACCCCAACUCAGCUCCCGAGCCACCACCCCCAAUCCAAGGCACUUAUGUUCUCUACGGAGCAAAUUACACCACUGAUGAUGUGCUUCCUACUCUAGAAGAGCAGGGUGUCCGUCAAUUGUACCCAAAAGGGCCAAAUGUUGAUUUCAAGAAGGAGCUAAGAUCACUGAACAGAGAAUUGCAGCUGCACUUGUUGGAGCUUGCUGAUGUUCUUGUGGAGCGGCCGUCACAGUAUGCUAGGAGGGUGGAAGACAUUUCUCUUAUUUUCAAGAACUUAUACCACCUUCUUAAUUCUAUGCGGCCACACCAGGCCAGAGCAACACUGAUCCAUAUCCUAGAACUUCAGAUACAAAGACGCAAACAAGCUGUGGAGGACAUUAAGAGGAGAAGAGAAGAAGCGCAAAGACUUCUGCAGGAGGCCAUCGGAACCUUAGAUGGCUUUACUUUCAUGGAUGCAUUUGCAAGGUGUGGAGGAGGUCUUGUUGAUGCUCUGAACACUAACAUUUAUGGGAAUGGAAACCAGAUUAUUGUUCUAUCUCGUGGUUAUGGAACAGACCAGUGUGUUUUGCAUUAA